UUAUCGUUCAGUGAGAUAGCCGAAAGUCAACGCAAUCGUCACCGAUAACAGUACCAUAUUUGAUCUGUACGGAUUUUCCGUAUUACGACUCGUGAAACAAUCACGUGAAACGAGAAAAAAAAUAAUACGCGACAACUGAUGCUUUCUCCUUCGAUCUUUUCGUUCUCUUCUCGAACAAACGCGCAAAACUGUAAUGUGAUAUUAUAAUGCGUGUAAAAAUAAUUCAGCGAUGUUUUGAGGAAAAAGUUCCAUUGUUUGGUAACUUAACGUUGCAUCCGCGCAAGAAAUACGCCCUCUUUUACAAACACUCCCAGCCGGAUUAAAUUGUUGAGUGAAUAUUAUCAAAAUAGAGUUCUUGCAAUACGUACAAUAGUAGGGUAUAAUUUUAUGUCAGCAUAUCACAGAUGCCGUAGCAGGUACGCGUGCAACUCUCUUUGACAACACGGAUUAGUUUCCAUCAUCCGCCAUCACAUCGCCCCCCGGCUGCUCGAGAACCCAGGAUGCGUCGGCUAAAUCCCAUCGUGUUGUGCGCGCUUCUACUGGUGAUCGCCUACGCGGCGGAAAAUCAGAGCAAUUCCACUCAUGAAGACAAGCAGCAGGAUGACACGAUGCACUAUGAGUCUCAAGUCAACUUCACCACUACUUUGGACCACGACGAGAAUUCCACGAGAGACAACGAGGACUCGGUACAGCAUGAGUUUUACAGCAACUACACGAAGAACCUCGAUGAGAAUGGCAGUCAGAAUGUGCCGGCCGAGCUUCGCGACAAUUCUACAGAGAUUAACGACGGAGGCAACUCUACCACGUCGCAGCUUCGCCCAGGAAGCAAUUUGAACGAAAGGAAUUCCAACAUCUGCAAUGUCACAUUUUGUAUACCAAUUUGUUGCGAACCCGGCAAUCGUAUGAUCCAAGUCGGAAACAAGUGGAAUUGCACGCCCGAUGACAGUAAUUAUGAUUUCCCGGAGGUGCAGGGGACAAGCAAGAAGGCGGACGAGAUUUUUCCAAUGUUCGUAUCAGAUCCAUGUACCAAUGGAAUGCGCUACGCGCUCGAUGUCUCCUUAUAUCCCGACGACGAGUACAUAAUUCUGACCAACGGUUCUUUGUACGAAACGAUAAAGGACAACUUGAUGGAUCCGACAACUUACUGCUACGCCGUCAUGAACAAGAGUAAAUACGAGCCGACCUUCUGCUUCCAUGGACCAAGUUCGCCCGUCGAUAACAUGGAUUUCACCGGUAUACCCAUCGGUAUGAUAGUGUCCUUGCCGUUUCUGCUGUUGACCUUCGUGGUGUACACCAUAUUACCGAACCUCUGGAACACGCAUGGCCACAUACUUCGCGGAUACGUCGGCUCGUUAUUCGUCGCAUACAUAUCCCUCGUGCCGUUCCAGCUGUUAUCGCCUGCAGAUGUGUCGUAUGUAGGCUGCAUUGGAUCGGCCUUCGUUAUUUACUUCUCGUUCCAGGCGAGCUACUUCUGGCUGAACGUGAUGUGUUUUGACAUUUGGUGGACGUUUAGCGGAUUCCGCUCGUCACUAGGAAAUGUGAAGCUACGAGAGAGAAAUAGAUUCAUCAUGUAUUCGAUUUACGCGUGGAGUUGCCCCUCCUGCCUUACUAUCCUCUGUCUCAUCAUGGAUUUCGUCCCCGAUAUACCGGAAACUUUAAUCAAACCGGGGUUUGGCAUAAUUAAAUGUUGGUUCUCGACGAACAAGGCAAGAAGUUUAUAUUUUUACGUACCCAUGAGUAUCACUAUUAUCUGCAACAUUUUCCUGUUCAUUUCCAUGGCGUUCAAGAUCGUACGGCACAAGAAGGGCACGACUCAUCAGCUGAGUAGCUCGGAAAGCAAACGUCACAAUGACAACAAGCGAUGGUUCAAACUGUAUUUGAAGUUGUUUAUCGUGAUGGGCAUAAACUGGUCCAUGGAGAUAAUAUCGUGGGUGUUCAAGGGCGUGCCUAUAUCCGUCUGGCAUGCAACCGACAUGAUGAACGCUCUGCAGGGUAUCAUCAUCUUCAUCAUAUUCGUGUGUAAGGACAAGAUCAGGAAGGGUCUAUUAAAAAAAUUUGGCUGUCGGGAAGACCUAUUCUCCAUAAACUCAAAGCGCAAUGGUUGCAACAGCAAAAGUACUCCGCGCAACAUCCCAACGGGAGUGACACUUCAGGAGAAGAUCAUCCCCUACAUACAGAACUGGCGCGCAAAGAAAUCGUCCGACAAGAAUUCGACCAAUUCUCCUAAUGUAUAAUGCGAGGAGAGAAUUCCUUUGGUGCAGAAUCAUCGUGGUCGGUAGUCUAUAAUAUGUUAUUGCCGUAAUGUAAUUUUGCAGUCAAAGUUAAAUUUUGUAUUAUUGUACGUUGAUCUAUUUUUAUUUUUCACUUUAUACAGUGUAUCUGGUGGCACAAUACUAAUAGUACAACACUCUCUUGUACGUUAAACAGUA